AUGCACCUCUUCCAUCUCCUCUAUAAAGCCUUGGAGCAUGCUUUCAUACAUGUCAACCAAUUCGUAAUGGAGACCUUAGCCCAAGGUCCUAUCCCACGACAUGUAGCGUUCAUAAUGGAUGGAAACCGACGAUAUGCAAAGGAGAACGGCAUUUCGAUCGCAGAGGGCUAUUUGGCUGGUGCAAAAGCUCUAGUGAAGACCCUGGAUACAUGCUUCGACUGCGGAGUCAAUGUUAUAUCCCUCUACGCCUUCAGCCUUGAAAACUUCAACAGACCUAAAGAGCAGGUCGAUGUUCUGAUGAAGUUGCUAGAAGGGACACUUGGAGAAAUGGGCGAGAAUGAUCAAUUGGUGAAGAAACAUAAUCUUAGAGUCCGGGUAUUGGGUCGUUUGGAAUUGCUAGAAGACAAUGUGUUAGGGGCUAUUUCCAGGACUAUGAAUGCUACAAAAAAUAACCAAGGGAAGGUUGUGAAUAUAUGUGUCGCUUAUACUGGCAGGGAUGAGAUUGCCUCUGCUAUCAGGGAGACCGUUGCUGACUCUGGCUUCCCUGGCAAGCUCACGGCAAAUACUUUGACAGAGAAUAUGUUCAUGGGGUUCCCGCCGCUGGACCUUCUGAUACGUACGUCCGGGGUAUACCGUUUGAGCGAUUUUAUGCUCUGGCAGUGCCAUCAAAAUACUGAUAUAGAGGUUGUGGGAAUGAACUGGCCUGAUUUUGGAAGAUGGGAUAUAGGCUUAAUUUUGUUGAGAUGGCAAAGCAGAAAAAGAGCUCUGGCUUAUGUGUGA